UGUGUGCAAAGAUUUUUUUUAUCAAUUAGAAAUUAAGCGUAUUUCCAUUAAUUAUUAUGAAUGUGACAGCAAAUACAUUACAAUACCAUUUUUAAGUGUAUAUUAUGAUCAGUGACGAAUAUAGUAUUAGAAACACAAUAUAAACAUCACUCACUAUGUAUAGCUUCCAAAAAAUCAGUGAUAUACGUGCUACAAUCAACGGGACCAAGAUAAAAAAUAAUUUAGCUUAUACUUCAUCAGGAAUACCUUCUUUAGACCAUGUGAUAGGUGGCGGUUUACCAUCAGGUAGCGUCUUUGUUGUGGAGGAAGAUGUAUUGGGCAACUAUAGUAGAAUCCUAGUUAAAUAUUUCUUAGCUGAAGGUAUUGCAAGUAAUCAUGCACUAUUAAUAGCAUCUGCAGAUGAUGAAGGUCUUGAAAUUGUAAAAGAACUGCCUCAACCAUGUGCCGCACCUCCUGACGAUGACAUUACCAAUGAACCCAUCCAGCCCAAUACAGACAAAAUGAAGAUAGCAUGGAGAUACGAAGGUCUUAGACAAGUUGAGUCGUCAUUCGGCAGCAACACCAAUUUUGGACAUCAUUUUGAUUUGAGCAAGCACAUAGAUGCCGACACUAUCAAAAAUAGUAAUAUCACAUAUUGCCAAUUAGAAUCUGAUCAGGAAAAUGUUGAAGGAUUUAGAAAUAACAUGUAUCAUAAACUUCUUUGUACAAUAAGGGAUAAUGUCUCAAAAGAGGAAUUCAAAAAGAAAAAUAUGCUUCGCAUAAGUAUACAUUCACUUGGUUCACCUAUUUGGAUGUCUAUGGACAGUGAACAAAAUAUAAAUGCAAGUACUUACGGGCAAGAUUUAAUAAAGUUCAUGUAUUGUUUAAGAGUUAUUCUGAGAGAUACUAAUGCCAUUGCAUUUGUUACUAUACCUGCACAUUUGUUUGAUGAUGACCACAUUAUGAGAAGAGUUCUAUAUUCAGUGGAUAAUGCAGUCAGAAUUGAAUCAUUUGCAGGAUCAAGUCGUGAAACAAAUCCUGUGUACAAAGACUAUCAUGGAUUGUUCCACAUAACAAAACUCUCCUCAUUAUAUUCACUAGUGCCUUUCAUACCUCCAAGUCUCGAUCUUGCGUUUAAGUUGAAAAGGAAGAAGUUUCUUAUACAAAAACUGCAUAUUCCUCCAGAGCUGGAAGAAACAAGUGAAAGAGAACAAGAUGAUAUUACAGCCGUCCCAUCUGUUAAUUGUGGUGGUUUUAAGAAGAGCCAAAUAGACUUUUAAUCUUUUAGCAUUUGAUUAUACUGUGCCUACAGCAUCUUUGCUGGGAAUACUAAAUAAAUUAAUUUUGUUAUGAUCUAUAUUUUUGUAUAAA